AUGGAGGAAGUCGCCGAUGUGCCUUAUGAAGGCGUCGUAGCUUGGCUACUCUGCAGGCGGCUGCUACCUGAAGAUUAUCAUCAGCGGCUUAAAGGAAUAACAGCGCAUAUAAAUGAAGCCUUGCAGAAACCCCCAGAGAGCCGUCAGGCAUCUCUCUUUGUGUCUGAAAGGAAGGAUAUUAGAUUUGGUUAUAGAGAAGUAGAGACCCUCGUUGAAUUGCUAGCGAAAGAAGGAUCAACCGAAGGAAUUCUCUCUAAGGCCUUCGGCUCUGCGGUGUACAGACAGUGGAGGCGGCUGCAGCGGACCUUCCAGCAGCAGAAUCUGCAUUUAGCAGAUUUAUCGCGCGCUUUAAGCCACGCGGCCAACGUCCUGGUGCCGACGCAUCAAAAAACUAUGCAGCAAAAACAACGCCUGCUGUCAGAUUGCAUAGCGAAGCAGCAGCAGCUGCAGCAAGCAGCAGCAGCAGCACAGGAUGUGUAUCAGAGCUUAUGUGCUGACUACGGCUUAGACGAAAGUACAGCAGCAAACGAUUUUCUGCUGCAGCAGCAACUGCUGGCGUACGUACACCGCAAGCUGCCGCUGCGGCUGCAGCAGGCAGAGAAGCUGCUACAAACUCCAGGAAAAGAUAUUUUAAUUUUUUAUCAAUCAUUUGUUAACCAAACAAUGUGCAGAGAUGAAGACAAAAUGCUGCCGCUGUUGCAUCUGCUGAGUGAGAAGGGUAAUAUACUUCUACAAGACGCCGCAGCAGCAGCCCCACACAUUCAGCUGCUGCUGCAGCAGCAGCAGCAACAGCAGCAGCAGCAGCAAGAUGCAGCUAUUGCAGAAAUUGAAAUCCAGCAGCAGGGAAAUGAAGAAGACGCGCAAAGCCCCAAAGAAACUGCUGCGGAGGAGGCGGUAUGCUGGGUUGUUGAGGAGGGGAGCAGCAGCAGCAGCAGCAGCAGCAGCGACAGCAACAGCAGCAGCAGCAGCAGCAGCAGCAGCAUUACUCAGACACUGCUUGGAAAUGAUGCGGUGCGGCGGCAGCUGCUGCUGGAGUUAAUGGAGGUGAGGGGGUUUCUAUAUACUCGGUUGCUGCAGUCGUCAGCAGCAAACAGCAGCAGCAAACAGCGCAAACAGCAGCAGCAGCAGCAGCAGCAGUGGCAAGAGACCACGUACUUACCUGAAGAGCUGCAGAUAAGUGAACAAUCGUUGUUGAGUUGGCAGGAGUGUGUAGUAAAGCUGCAAGACCUUCUGGGGGGCCCCGAGACGCUGCAGCUGCUGCAGCUGCUACGCAGCGAGCUGGCCUUAAAUCGGUUGUGUAGCGAGGUUGGAGCUGCCAGAGCUGCAACGCGGAAGCCCCUCAGUGCAGCAAAGGAUCAGCAAAGGAGGCAGGCGUCUCUAGACAAUGAAGUGGCAGCAGCUGCCUCUGCCCUAGAGAAGCAGCGUCGAGAGCUGCAGCAGCUGCAGCAGCUGCUGCAGGAGCGAAUGAGUUCAGCUCUUUCUUUAAAGGUUAGAAUAACGGGGAUUCCUAGAGAAAGACUGCCGUAA